AUGUCCAUGCGAUGGAUGGAUGAACGGCAAAGAAGGAAUUCGACUGUUGGGUUCAGUUUAUCGGCCGACAUCCUGCUGUUGUCCAGCUCCAACCCAAACAGCCUCUGUUACGUAGAAACGGCUGAACUCGACGGAGAAACCAACCUGAAAUUCAAGAUGGGACUCCGAGUGACCGACGAGAUGCUUCAGGAGGAACGGCAGCUGGCUGAGUUUAAUGCCUUGAUCGAGUGUGAAGAGCCGAACAACCGUCUGGAUAAGUUCUUGGGGGUGAUGCGGUGGAACCAGGAGCAGUACCCGUUAGAACUGGACAACAUGCUGCUGAGAGGCUGCAAGGUCCGGAACACCGAGGAGUGUCACGGCCUGGUCAUCUUCGCAGGUUCAGCCGACACCAAGAUCAUGAGGAACGGCGGCAAAACCAGAUUCAAGAGGACCAAAAUUGAUGAGCUGAUGAACUACAUGGUUUACACAAUCUUUGCGCUGCUCAUCCUGGUGGCGGCUGGUCUGGCCAUCGGUCACACCUACUGGUACGAGGAGAUCGGAUCUAAAGCCUGGUAUCUGUAUGACGGCAAAGACCAGGGCGCCUCCUACAGAGGCUUCCUCAGCUUCUGGGGAUACAUCAUCGUCCUCAACACCAUGGUGCCCAUUUCACUCUACGUCAGUGUGGAGGUGAUUCGACUCGGACAGAGUAAGUUCAUCAACUGGGACCUGCAGAUGUAUUUUGCAGAGAAAGACACACCAGCCAAGGCUCGAACCACCACCUUGAAUGAGCAGCUCGGUCAGAUCGAGUACAUCUUCUCCGACAAGACGGGAACUCUGACACAGAACAUCAUGGCGUUUAAGAAGUGCACCAUCUCUGGGCGAAGCUACGGUGACCCAACCACUGCUGAAGGAGUGUCACUGGACCGAGGAAGGCCGGUGGACUGGAACUGGAACCGCUACGCUGACAAGAAGUUCCAGUUCAUGGAUAACUACCUGGUGGCUCACGUCCGAUCCAAGAAGGACAGAGACGCUAUGGAGUUCUUCAAGCUGCUGUCGCUCUGCCACACAGUCAUGGUCGAGAACAAAGACGGUGAACUGAUUUAUCAGGCGGCGUCUCCAGAUGAAGGUGCCUUGGUGACGGCUGCCAGGAACUUCGGCUUCGUGUUUCUGUCUCGUACUCAGGACACCAUCACCAUCAGGGAGAUGGACCAGGAGACCACCUACGAGAUGCUGGCGCUGCUCGACUUCAACUCGGACCGCAAGCGCAUGUCCAUCAUCUUGAAGUUUCCUGAUGGUCGUAUUCGUCUGUACUGUAAAGGAGCCGACACCGUCAUCUAUGAGCGACUGGCGGCCAACUCCAGACACAAGGAGACCACCCAGACAGCUCUGGACGUCUUCGCCAACGAGACCUUGAGGACGCUGUGUUUGUGCUACAAAGACAUCAGCGCCGAGGAGUACGAAGCCUGGUCCAGGAAGCACAAAGACGCCCAGCUAACGUUGACGAACCGAGACGCCGCCCUGGACCAAGUGUACGAACAGAUCGAGAACAACCUGAUGCUGAUCGGAGCGACCGCCAUCGAGGACAAACUGCAGGACGGAGUGCCGGAGACCAUCGCCAAGCUGGCCAAGGCCGACAUCAAGAUCUGGGUCCUGACUGGAGAUAAGAAAGAAACGGCAGAGAACAUCGGAUAUUCCUGUUCCCUUCUGACGGACGACAUGCAGAUUCACUACGGAGAAGACGUCAAUGAGAAGCUGAGCAGUCGUCAGGCCAACAGGAGGAACGAACCUCAAACUGUCCAUCAACGCAAAAAGAAACCCGCAGAACCUUUCUUCACCCAACCGGGCAAAAACGCUCUGAUCAUCACCGGAGGAUGGCUGAACGAGAUUUUGUACGAAAAGAAGAAGAAACGCCGCCGUCUGCGUCUCCGUCGUCUGGGAAGGCGAUCUCCUCCCAGCAGCCCUCAGGACGGACAACCGAUGAACGACUUGGAAAAAGAAAUGAGACAGAUCGACUUUGUGGACAUGGCUUGUGAGUGCGAGGCGGUCAUCUGCUGUCGCGUGACACCGAAACAAAAGGCCAACGUGGUGAGUCUGGUGAAGAAGUACAAGAAGGCCGUGACGCUGUCCAUCGGCGACGGAGCCAACGACGUCAACAUGAUCAAGACUGCAGACAUCGGUGUCGGUAUCAGCGGUCAGGAGGGGAUGCAGGCCGUCAUGUCCAGCGACUACGCCUUCGCCCAGUUCCGUUACCUGCAGCGCCUCCUGCUGGUUCACGGACGCUGGUCCUACAUCCGGAUGUGCAAGUUCCUGCGUUACUUCUUCUUCAAGAACUUCGCCUUCACUCUGGUCCACUUCUGGUACUCCUUCUUCAGCGGAUACUCCUCACAGGUUGCUUAUGAAGACUGGUUCAUCACUCUUUACAAUCUGUGUUACAGCAGCUUACCCGUUCUACUCGUUGGACUUCUUGACCAGGACGUUAACGACAGACUGAGCCUGAAAUUCCCCAAACUCUACCUGCCCGGCCAGCAGGGGACGCUCUUCAACUACAAGAACUUCUUCAUCAGCCUGUUCCACGGCAUCUUCGUCUCGCUCAUCAUCUUCUUCAUCCCCUACGGAGCGUUCCUGCAGACGAUGGGGCAGGAUGGUGAAGCUCCCUCUGACUACCAGUCCUUCGCCGUCGUAACCGCCUCCUCCUUGAUCUUCACUGUCAACCUGCAGAUCUCUCUGGAUACCUCCUACUGGACCUUCGUCAACUGUUUUGCAGUUUUGGGCAGCAUAGCCAUCUACUUUGGCAUCAUGUUUGACAUCCACAGCGCUGGAAUCCACGUCAUCUUCCCCUCUGUUUUCACCUUCACUGGUGCAGCAUCAAACGCUCUGCGUCAGCCCUACCUGUGGUUAACCAUCAUCCUGACGGUGGGCAUCAGCCUCCUGCCGGUCAUCUGCAUCCAGUUUCUCCAUAAAACCAUCUGGCCCUCUGUAGGAGACAAGGUCCAGAGAAACAGGAAGAAGUAUGAGAUGGAGCUGGAGGAAGAGGAGAAGAAGAAGCCAUCAGCCUUCCAGCGAGGCCGGCGUUCCCGACGGUCCGCCUACGCCUUCUCUCACUCUCGUGGCUACGCCGACCUCAUCUCGUCCGGGCGAAGCAUUCGGCGACGCCCAACGGCCCGUGGUGGACCCCAGGAUAGCAUCAGGGAGGUUCCCCACUGAGAGGCCGAAAACAUCUGAGCGUGGCUGAGCGGGAGACGGAGCAAAACUGCAGCCGGAAGGGUUGUAAAUAUUUAGGAGUAUGACGAGCGUUUAUUUUUUGUUUUUUCUGCGGAGUCACUGCUGGAUGAUCAACAUCAGGAACACUGACAUCAGCCUGGUCGAAGUUCGAGGAGAUCUUCGUGGUGUUCUGGUACCUCAGGGGGUGAUAAAGGAAAAGAAGUUGCUUGACUUUCAGAACUGAAAUGAGGAGCUUGAUUUACCACCACCACCAACAAACUUGCAAUAAAGUUAAAACUGCCGAAUGUAGUUUUGCUCCAGACUCUUCCGCCUCAAGCACAGAGUCGCUGUGAAAAUGCAAAAAAGAAAAGCUCACCGAAGAGACGACCUCCGUUGCCGGGGUUCGAGGUCAUGCAGUGUCUGUGUGACUGACAAUGUUGUUUAACUCAGGAUUUUUAAAAUAAAAGCCUUAUUUUUAGUGACUUUGUCCCUGCUCACCACCACUGUGGAGCCGUUUCGUUGUUUAAUAGGAUGUUUUUUGACGGUUUUAGCCUGACGUCCACGGACCACCCGGUAUAUGUUUUGUUCAAAUUUUAAAGUCCAGUUAAUUUAUCCUCACUACAUGAGAUCUAACUGCAACAUCUGUGGAGUUCAGUUUUCUUUCCGUCCGUUGAGCUCAAACAUUGUCCUUUAAAGCAGUGAGCUGAAGCUCAACACGUCACAAUAUCAUCUUUUAAUGUUUUAUUCAAGGUAGUGGUGAGAUGUUACUAUGCCAGGCUAUGCAAGGUGGUCGGAUGUUCUAAAGCGUGUCUUAAUUUAACAAUAACUUGUGAAUAGUGAUCAUUUUUCCUCUCUGGAGUGCAUGUCAGGAAUAUUUGUAGUCAUUUGAGGGAGCUCAUCCAUAAAAUCUUUUAAAUACCUCUUUCAAAGCUGGGUUAUUUCUUCUGUACCUCACAUUUUGAUUCAGUUUUAUUUUUCUAAGGUGCUCUUUAAAAGCCAUAGGGGACCUCUGAAGAGCUCUGGUUUGUCCUUCGUUGGCUGCAAAGUUUCUUUUCAACUUCUUACAAUUUGCAAAAUUCAGCCUCUUGUAAUAGAGAAAGAAACACAGCAUGGACAUUUUGGUUUGUCUUCAUUUGAUUGUCAUAGUAAUUUCUUUUUAUUUUCUUAACUUCUUGGAAGUGAAAUCACAUGCUCCGUAAGUCUAAAAAUGACAGUCUUCUAUGUGUACACUGGUUGUUUACAACUAAUCCACUGAUUUUUGCAGGAUUCCUUUUUCAGUCCCGUUCUCAGAUUUAGGAUAUCUGUGAGACAAUGCUAAGCCAAAACUGACCAUGAUCCCUGUUCUGACUGUUACUGUAUCCUCCUCAUGCUACCGUUUCUGUCCGCAGGUAGUAUUCUUUUAUUACUGAAUGAAAUGAGGCAUUUGAUCAGGAUUGCUGUUGAGGUUCUGCAGCACUUUGGUCUUUGUCAUAUGAUGGUAUUUUAUCAUGCUGUUCUUAAUAAAAGCCAAGGGCACAUUUAACAAU